AUUAUGACUUUAUUACAAAAUCAAGACUUUAUAUCUCACAACUCUGACUUCAUAACAUGCAAUUGUGACUUUAUGUGACUUUAAAACUCACAAUUGUGAGUUUACAAUUCUGAGAAAUAAAGUCAAAGUUGUGUUUGUACAUUGCAAUUCUAACAAAAAGUCAUCAUUUUGAGAAAAAAGUAAGAAUUGUGUGAUUUAAAACCCUAGCAACAGAUGACAAACCCUCUUAUGCUGAAAGGCGGUUGGGCUAGUUUUAUUUACCAGUAGGUGAUUUUUCUGUCAGCUGUGGCAGAGCUGGAGGGUUCUAUUUUCUCACGGUCUACCUGCAGAUGUUCUUCAUUUACAGCAAAGGGAACCAAGAGCAUUCAUUUAAUAAAAUCAACAUUAUUACUAUUAUUUUAAAUAUAUUUUGAAAAUGAAGAAUCUAUUCAUUUUCCUCAUGAUUUUACCCUACCGCGGUGUUUUUGUGGAGGAUAUAAGUGGAGUUACAGUGUCAGUGAUGGGGGGAGACAAAGUAACUCUACACACUGAUGUUGAAACAAACCAGCAUGAAAAGAUUAAAUGGUUCUUUAAUAGCACUCGCAUCGCUCAAAUCAGUGGAGAUCUACGAAAGAUCUGUACAGAUGUUCAGUGUAAAGAUGGUGAUGAGAGAUUCAGAGACAGACUGAAGCUGGAUCAUCAGACUGGAUCUCUGACCAUCAGAGACCUCAACACCACAGACUCUGGAGAAUAUCAACUACUGAUCAUCAGCCACAGCAGCAACAGUGUAAAGACCUUCAGUGUUGCCGUAAAUGAUGUUCCUGCUGCUGAACGAUAUAAAAUACAGAGAAAGUCAGUGAAGGAGGGAGAAUCUUUCACUUUUGAUCCUGGUGACAUAAAUAAAGACGAUAUGAUGAAGUGGUAUUUUAAUGACUCUCUCAUCGCUGAAAUCACUGGAGAUCAGAGUAAGAUCUGUUCAGAUGUUGAGUGUAAAGAGAGAUUCGGAGACAGACUGAAGCUGGAUCAUCAGACUGGAUCUCUGAUCAUCAUGAACAUCACAAACACUGACUCUGGAGAUUAUAAACUACAGAUCAGCAGCAGAAACUUUACCAUCCAACGGCAUCGCAGCAUCAGUAUCACCAGUUACAAUAACUUCAGUGUAUCUGAUCGGAGUGUGCUUUUACUUGUCAUCACAGGAAUAUGUGUUGCUCUUCUGCUGGUGCUUGCAGCAGGUUUCAUUGGAAAAUGCUGUAGAAGACGCAAAAGUGGUAUUCGCAAAAAAAAUCUAUCAGCUCUGUAGUAUAUACGCAAGUAUACGCAAUGCUUUUUUUUUUGCCUGGACAUGUGCGUAAUACGACUUAUAAGGAUCAAUAUCUGCGUGUCCGCUGCAGCGAGAGAGCUCCGCUCAAAUGCCAUCGUGAGCACCGGUGGACCGCUCGAGUUGAGGGCCGAUCGACGAAGCUAGUGAGACUCCCCCUACAUUGGGCACUGUUUCUUAAUUACACCAAAUUGCAGUGCAGUGUGAAGUGGCUCAUCCGCCAGCCGCGCGCAAGAGCAGAAUCACCCACACAGCGCUGCGUUUGCGCCACAAUGUAAAGUGAUUAACAGCACAAGUAGCUUCAUCCAUUUAGAUGCGACACAGAAUUAUUGUUAUAGUCGUGUGCUGUGAUAUAUGAGAACAUUAAAGCCAAGAUAAUUUAAGCUGCAUGGAGAGGUAAAAACGGCAACAGGCCUAUAAACUUGUUCAGUAAUUUACCAUGGCUUUACUCUUUAGUGACCAACAUCUUACUAAUAGGCUUAAUGACAUAAGCUAGAACUUCUUUCUUUAGAUGUUUAAUUCUAAUUAAUUUUAAUAGAAAUAAAAUGGUAAUUCUGUAAGAGUCUGAUUCAAUAUAAAUAUCAGUGUCUUUUAUAAAUUAGGUGUGUAUUAUUUACAAAUGAUAUAGUUCUUAAAGCGAUAGUUCACCCAAAAAUGAAAAUAACCAUUUACUCAGCACCAUGUCCUUCCAAACCUGAAUGCAUUUCUUUCUACUGUGGAACACAAAAAGAACACUGUAAAACCGAACAGUGAAAUCAAUCAAAUGAAAUUAGUUCAUUUCACUCAAAUAAUAAUGAAAGUGCAUUAUAAUAAGCGUUUUCUGGUUCCCAGCAUGCUUUGUAUCAAAAAAACAAGGAAAGUAAAUGUAGGAACGAAGUCUUAUUUUGUGUGUUUUACACAAGUUUAACAGAGAGAAGUUAGUACUUAAAUGUUGUGUUAUGUUAAGAUUUUCAAAGGUUUCUGUUAUGUUGGUUUUGUAGUGUUACUGUUCUGGUGAAGAGUAGAGCGUGUGGUAAGUUGAGGAUGGACAACAAAAGACUAGAUUUGAGUGUAGAUUUGAGUUGAGUGUAGAUUUGAGUUUUUUUUUUGUGAAUACUCCUUAAUUAUAAGUUGAGAAAUAUCCAUUUAUAAGAUAACAUUGAGAUAAAUUCAGGAAACUGGAAAUGUAAUUUUUUAUUUUAUGUAAAACAUUUAAAAACAUCACUUAAAUGUUUUUGUGUAAUGUUACAAAAUAUGUUUUGAGUUCUGUGAACUUGUUAGGGUUUACAGUGAAGAUAAUUUGAGAAAUCCAAGACAUUUUUUCUUUUUUGUCCAUACAGUGUCAUGAUUCUGCCCUCGUGUCCUUGAUUUUUCCUAGUCUUGAGGCAGGAUCAUGACAGACCCGUGUUUUGUGUACAAGCGCAUGGCCUUGUCUUUGGGCCAUGUGCUUGUGUUGUCUCGUUCCCUUGCCCCGCCCCCCUUGUUAACCUAGUCGUGUCUUGAUUGUCCCAUCUGUGCCACCUGUCGUGUCUUGAUUGUUCCCUCUAUUUAGCUUUCCUAGUGUGCUCUGUCUUGCGUCGGUUCAUUGAGAUUUGUUCAUCACUUGUGAUUGUACCUGUUCCUGAAGAAGUGUUUUGUAUUUCUGUGAGUGUUUGUUUAUAGUUAGUGUUCCCGUGCUUUGAGUCUUUGUUUAUCCCGUUAACUCAGUCCUGUUCAGUUAUUUUGUAUUUCCCUAGUCAGUGUUUUCCCCCUCGUGGGUUUUUGUUUUCCCUUUUUUGUUAAAUAAAUCCUGUGUUAGUCACUUCCUGUCUGCACCUGAGUUCCUCCCUUACCAAGAUCCUGACAGAAUGAACCGACCAAAAAGGAACUCAGCAGACAGGAGGCAAUUCUGGUUAUCAUCAGCCAGCAAGCGGGAUGGUUAUGAGGGCUCUCGCCUAGUGGUGUUCCGGGGGACCAGGGGAGGUCGCUCCGGAGCAAGUGGUCGAGAGGAGGAGCCACAGAGGUCCCCCCCACCUACCCAGCUGCCAGCAAUCCCAGAGGGUCGUGUCCUGGCCGUGGCAACCCUGGGGGAUCAGGCAAGCCCCUCCCAGAGUCCUGAGGUGCCCUCCACAGCCAGCAGUCUCCCCAUGAAACGAGGGAGACGGUUUUCAUGGGAGUCAACUUCAGAGUCUUCGGCGUCCGAGACUGCCCUGCCCGAGACCAAACUCCCCCAACCCGCCUCUGACCCAGCUGUGGUCUCUGCACCGCGCCCAAGGAGGAAGAGGAGGAGGAGGGGGCCUGCCGGUCCUGUGACCCUGUCUCCUCCCGUGCCAGCAGCGGAGAGCGCUGGCGUGCCCGACCCAGCAGCGGUGAGCGCUGGCGUGCCCGACCCAGCAGCGGUGAGCGCUGGCGUGCCCGACCCAGCAGCGGUGAGCGCUGGCGUGCCCGACCCAGCAGCGGUGAGCGUGUCCGAGCCAGCAGCGGUGAGCGCUGGCGUGCCCGAGCCGGCAAAGAAGAGGGCAGUAUGCAAGUCGGCAGUCGUGAGAGCGCAGGAGAGUGCCGCGGCCGACUCUUCAGCAAAGACUUUAGUUCAGUGUAUCUCAUCUCGUAAGGAGAUGCCAAUUGUCUUAGCGGCUAAAGCCUUUUCUGAUUAUUUGUCUAGUCUUGUCCGUAUCCUAGAAGUCCCCGUCAGUCCUGUCUUGUCCUCAGACCCUGUCCCCAGAAAUCCCGAGUGUCCUGAUGUCGUCUCCCCGUGUCCCGUAGAUGUCGUCUCCCCGUGUCCCGUGAGUGUUGCCCCGUGUCCCGUAGAUGUCCCGUGUCCAGUAGAUGUUGUCGUCCCGUGUCCAGUAGAUGUUGUCGUCCCGUGUCCAGCUGUCGUCUCCCCGCGUCCCGUAAGUGAUGCCCCGCGUCCCGUAAGUGUUGCCCCGCGUCCCUUGUCUGCUCCUAUCAUGUCCCCUGUCAGUUCUCCCGAGACCCCUCCCCGCCCCUCACCACCCAGACCUGCCCGUACCCCCCGUCGUCAGCCUUCGUCCUGUCCUCCUAAGAUUCCUGCACCACCCACCCACCCUGGUCUGUCCCCCAUGAACUUUGUGGUCCCGCCUCCUCCCCUUCCCUGUUUGUUUUUUUUGAUUUGUCACCCUAACCCUGCCGUCGUGUAUUCAUGUCUGCCUUUGUUAUUAUUUGUCAUGUCUUGUUGGUUUGUGUCGGUGUCCCAGUCUGUCAUGUCAGUCGUGUCCCGUGUUUGAUGUUCCCUUGAGGAGCGUCUGGAAGCCGCUCCUUAAGGGAGGGGUUCUGUCAUGAUUCUGCCCUCGUGUCCUUGAUUUUUCCUAGUCUUGAGGCAGGAUCAUGACAGACCCGUGUUUUGUGUACAAGCGCAUGGCCUUGUCUUUGGGCCAUGUGCUUGUGUUGUCUCGUUCCCUUGCCCCGCCCCCCUUGUUAACCUAGUCGUGUCUUGAUUGUCCCAUCUGUGCCACCUGUCGUGUCUUGAUUGUUCCCUCUAUUUAGCUUUCCUAGUGUGCUCUGUCUUGCGUCGGUUCAUUGAGAUUUGUUCAUCACUUGUGAUUGUACCUGUUCCUGAAGAAGUGUUUUGUAUUUCUGUGAGUGUUUGUUUAUAGUUAGUGUUCCCGUGCUUUGAGUCUUUGUUUAUCCCGUUAACUCAGUCCUGUUCAGUUAUUUUGUAUUUCCCUAGUCAGUGUUUUCCCCCUCGUGGGUUUUUGUUUUCCCUUUUUGUUAAAUAAAUCCUGUGUUAGUCACUUCCUGUCUGCACCUGAGUUCCUCCCUUACCAAGAUCCUGACAUACAGUAGAAAUCAAAGGUAUAAGCAAAAUGGUUUAGUAACAUUCUACAAAAUAAAUUAUUUUGUGUUUCACAGAAGUAAGUCAUUUGCUUUGAAUUUCAGUAAUAUGGAUCAUUAUUUGUUUCUGUCCUGUUUUAUUUAUUCAUUUAUUUAGUCCAAUUGAAGGCCCUGUAACCCAGCAGAACAUGGGCUGGAUAUGUCCAGGGCCAAAUUUGAACCCGGCCUACAUGCUGAAAAAUCGAACUCCCUUCUAAAAAAAAUAAAAUCAGAGAAAAAAGCAUAAAAUUAAGAUGAACAUAAAAAAUAAUAAUAAAAACAUUCUAUUCAGAUGUAUCUCUAAAGCACUUUCCACAAUGAAUAUAAUUCCAAAGAAAUAUGUUGAAAUUAUAAAGAAAUGUAAAAAUGCGCCAACAGAUGGGUUGAAACCCUCUGGAAGUCAGUGUAGACUUGAAAAAGAAUCUGAUGUUAAAUAGUCCUGUUGUGUGUAAUAUGAAUAGACCAAAGCAAUUCACAGAUAUUGCCGGAUAAUCACUUUACCUCUACCAUAUGUUAAACAAACCUCGAUCAUUUGUGAUUCUGGCUGUCAUCCUUUCUAGCAUUGUCUUUAGCUUUCACUUUGCCAAUUAUAAGCUAUAUAUUGUUAGUACCGUGGAUAGCCCACAGUUAUUACCCUCUACUGGAUAUAAAAGGCUCUCAGUAUAUUUUGACAUUGCAGAAUGUUAAGUUUUUCUUCUGCAGUUAUUUUGGUCAAAGUAACUCAAAAGUAAUACAGGAGUAAUGUAACACAUUACAGUUCUAAAACAAUAAUAUUUUUCAUGUAAAGAAUUACUUUUAAAUGACAGUAACAAGUAAUUGAUAAUGUAUUACAGCUUGGAAGAAACUUUCACAACACAAAUUUAACAAAUCUCUGCACUUUAAACUUUUAGAUUUAUAUUUUUAUAUUUUAGAUUUAUAUAUUUUUCUAUAUUGCUUGUUUAGAAAUUGGUUCUGGAUUAUUUUUGCUGGGUUAUUGUAAUAAUUACGCCAAUGUUUAACAAGACAAUAAUGUAUAUGUACAAAUAAAGGUUAUUUAAUUUGUUCUGAA